AUGUAUUUUCGUCUUCUUCUUCAGAUUCUCUUAUUGAUUUCCAAAUCACUUUGUGAUGAAGAAUUGCGAAAUGAGAUUUCUGAAUUGAAUUUCAAGAUUUUCGAUUCGGUCAUCAAACAAAAUGUGAGCGAAAUCAAUGAACAUUUUUCGAAUAUUGAAGAAUCGUGUACAAUCGAUAAUGCGGAAUGGCGUGAGUGUAGAUAAAAAAAGCGAAGCGAGUGUAUGUCCCUUUAAACUAUAGCUCAUGUUGAGCUGAACAUUUUGAGAACAAACAAGGCCCGAACGCUCUGCGCGAGUGUAGAUCAAAAUUCCGCGGAAGCGGCUCGAGCGGAGCGAGUGUAUGUCUCUUUAAACCUUCGUACUGUAAUAGUAGAUCCGUGAAAAAAUGUCACGCAAAAAUAGUUUUUCUAUUUCAGGCUUGGCGUCUUUUUGUAUAUUCGGAUUUUCCCAUCCACUUUCCGGAUAUAAUAUCUCAAAUCUCCCAACCCCUGUGAUCACUUCAAAUAAUGAAACAACUGCAACAAUAUCAACUGAGCUAAUUUUAUCGUUCGGAGAUUUCAAAAUGUGCGAAUACGAGAUGACUUAUCAGCGAAAUUCAGAAAAUCAAUUGAAAUUAACCCACUUGAAUCGAAUUUGUCGAGAGUUCGAUCAUAUUUCAGGAAAUCAGAAUAAUCUAGAUAAAGAAUAUCAGCCAGAAAAUUUGGAGAAGCGAAAAACUCUCAAUUUUUUGUAUGGUAGAAAGGAUUGGAGAGAUUCCAAGAAAGAUUUUUCCCGAUUUCAAGAGACUAAAUACAACAAAUUAUUGUUUGAAGAUGUCGAAAGUUUGAACAACGAAAUUAUCAUAAAUCGGUGUACUAAAGGAAAUCCAGAAUCAGCUUUAACACUAAUCGAUCCAAAAUUCAUGUUCUAUGACAAAGACUCAAUUCCAGCUAGAAAACUAGAAGCAAAAACAGCUCUAACGGCAGAAGAAUUUUUGGACAUUCGUUCGGAUCGACCUCUGAAAUGGGCAAUCAAUAGAACAGUGACUUAUGAUGAUAACUUGGAUGAAAAUGUGCUGGCUGAAAUUAAAACAACUUAUCAACGACAAUUUAGGGCUAAGAAAUGUCAAUUUAUUACAACUAAUCAUGAGAUGAAACACAAUUUGUAUCCGAUUUUGACGAGAGUUGAUAGACAUUGUGAGUAUCAGUUGAAACAACAAGAAUAA